AUGACUACUUCGCCGCCAGCCUUGAAACGACGACAUAUCUUGUCUUCCAUCAACCCGCUCGAGCGAGAAGUCAUGGAUGAAUCUCGACCGCAAAUACCCGCCGAAAGCCGAAAUGCUACAGGCCGUGGCGACGCGGCAGAAGAAGCCGAGGAGACGCACGAACCCGCCCGAGGCAGAGAACAAGGGUCCUAUAAUGACACGACCCGUCCUCGGACAUCUAGAAUAAGACUCAAGACGGACAAAUCCAGUCGGCAUCACCGAUCCCAGCAUCGGCGCCACAGAAACCACCAAGACGAAAGAAGCAGCAGCCGGGCCGCCGUUGAUGAUGAGCGCUACUCGCCUCGCCGCAAACCCAGCCGGCGCCAUCGCCAUCGCCGUCAUGGCCACGGUACCCGUUCCCCGACACCGCCGAACCCUCACGAGCCCCCCUCUCUUGAUCCAGAGGCCGCCUUUCGGGAAUCCCUCUUUGAUGCCAUGGCCGACGACGAAGGGGCUUCGUACUGGGAGUCGGUUUACGGGCAGCCUAUCCACGUGUACCCGAGCGAAAAGGUCGGCCCGUCAGGCGAGCUGGAGCAAAUGACGGACGAUGAGUACGCGGCGUACGUGCGGGCCAAGAUGUGGGAAAAGACUCACGCCGGCUUGCUGGAAGAAAGGGCAAGACGCAGAGAGAAGCAAAAGCGGCAAGAGGAGGAGGAGAGGAGAGCCCGUAAGCUACGGCGCGACAUGGAGCAGAGCCUCCGCCGUGGCCAAGUGCGGCGGGAGAAGAAGGAAUGGGCAACGCGCUGGCAAGAGUAUGCUGCUUCGUGGGCCGUCUGGGAUGGCGACCCAGCGAAAUUGAGCUGGCCUGUCGUCCAUGACCAGCAUAGGGGCGUCAACGAAAAGGACGUCCGAUCCUUUUUUAUCCACGCCCUUGACUUGGAGAGCACUGGAGAGCAAGGUUUCCUGGCGAAGCUGAAGGAGGAGAGAGUACGCUGGCACCCGGACAAGAUUCAGCAAAAACUGGGUGGCACGGUAGACCCAGAUAUUAUGAGGGAUGUGACGGCAACGUUUCAAAGCAUUGACCGGCUAUGGGGGGAUAUCCGACAAAAGACACCGCAUUAA